CAGACAUGAUGCAUUUCCAACCUUUGGACCUCCCCUUCCUCUUUGCUGAGGAGUCGCUCGGGAUACUGUAAGGUGCUAUGCUCUGCAGAAUGGAGACAUCGUGGGAUUGGAUGAUCAACAGUGAUGUAUCUCUGACUUGGUCACUCCCAAAGAUGACUGGAGUUGAUACAAAUGCUUCUGUGCCUGGGGUUAGCGACCCCGGUGCUGCUCUUAAUGAUCAGUAUGCUGUACUUAUAUCAUAUAGCUGCAAUUAUACAGAAUCAAAGCUUUUCUUUAAGCAAGCCACGAGCUGGCAACCCCGUGCAGCUAGUGAUCUUAUAAUCUCUGUAUCUUCAGAACUGUCAUUACGAUAUCCUAGCCUGAGUGCUCGAGUUCCUCAACAAGCAUCUGGUUCUUCUUCAGUUGUAUCAUUGAACUCAGCUCCAACCACACCAGAUAGUUGUUAUGACAAUCUUAAUGAGCCUAUGAGAAGGUCUGGCUUGGGAAAACAUGGAAAUGGUUCUCGGAGACUAAAUUCAUUUGUUAGUGGCUCUCCAGAAUAAAGUGAUAAUGGAGGAAAUAGAAUGAGUACUUCAACAGGCUGCACCCAUUUAUGGUUGCAGAAUGCAGUUCCUCUAGGUAUUGCUAUCCACCCUCCCCGUUUUUCCCCUUCCGUCGAGUCAUAGCUCGAUAUGUCAAUACGCUGAAGAAUUGCAUUCUUGUGGUUAACAUGGUGUGUUCCUGCACGGUCAAGCACCACUGUCAAGUUUGAGCUACUCCCAUUAAUAGAUAGGAUCAUUACACUAGAUACAUGGCAAAUAACCAUAAAGGAGAGAGGUAAAAUUUUCAUGAGAAAAACAACAUACAGAAUAUCACCCAGAUAUAGCAUGGUGCCUGCCCUCAGAACACAUUUUGUUAUUGUUACUGUUUACUACCUGUCAUAGUCUGAAUCCACCAGAUUCAUCAGAUUAAAUUUUAAGAUAGUGUUCCAUGGCAGGAUCGGACGACCAAACCUCUCAAGCAUGUCAUGUAUUUUGCAGCUGAUUCACGCCAUGUAUCUUUGCACCACAGAUCUUGCGUAGUACUCCCUCUGUCCCAUAAUAU